GGGCGGGACCAGCGAGAGCGGCGGCGCCCGGCGGGAGAGCGAGUACGGCCGAGUCGGCGCCACCAUGGCCACCGUGGAUCUGGAGAAGCUGCGGAUGUCCGGGGCCGGCAAGGCCAUCGGCGUGCUGACCAGCGGCGGCGAUGCGCAAGGCAUGAAUGCUGCCGUCCGAGCCGUGACGCGCAUGGGCAUUUACGUGGGAGCCAAAGUCUUCCUCAUCUACGAGGGCUACGAGGGCCUCGUGGAAGGGGGCGAGAACAUCAGGCCAGCCAACUGGCUCAGCGUCUCCAACAUCAUCCAGCUGGGCGGCACCGUCAUCGGCAGCGCCCGCUGCAAGGCCUUCACCACGCGGGAGGGGCGCCGGGCGGCCGCCUACAACCUGGUCCAGCGUGGCAUCACCAACCUGUGCGUCAUUGGCGGGGACGGCAGCCUCACGGGCGCCAACAUCUUCCGCAGCGAGUGGGGCAGCCUGCUGGAGGAGCUGGUGAACGAAGGCAAGAUCUCACAGAGCACGGCUCAGACCUAUUCGCACCUGAGCAUCGCUGGGCUGGUGGGUUCCAUUGACAACGACUUCUGCGGCACCGACAUGACCAUCGGCACGGACUCGGCCCUGCACCGCAUCAUGGAGGUCAUCGACGCCAUCACCACCACUGCCCAGAGCCACCAGAGGACCUUCGUGCUGGAGGUCAUGGGGCGGCACUGCGGAUACCUGGCCCUGGUGUCCGCCCUGGCCUCGGGGGCUGACUGGCUGUUCAUCCCUGAGGCGCCGCCCGAGGACGGCUGGGAGAACUUCAUGUGUGAGCGGCUGGGUGAGACUCGGAGCCGAGGGUCCCGACUGAACAUCAUCAUCAUUGCCGAGGGCGCCAUCGACCGCAACGGGAAGCCCAUCUCAUCCCGCUACGUGAAGGACCUAGUGGUCCAGAGGCUGGGCUUUGACACACGUGUGACCGUGCUGGGCCACGUGCAGAGGGGAGGGACCCCCUCAGCGUUCGACCGCAUCCUGAGCAGCAAGAUGGGCAUGGAGGCAGUGAUGGCACUGCUGGAGACCACGCCCGACAUGCCGGCCUGCGUGGUCAGCCUCUCCGGGAACCAGUCCGUGCGGCUGCCCCUCAUGGAGUGCGUGCAGAUGACCAAGGAGGUACAGAAGGCCAUGGAUGAGAAGAGGUUUGAAGAGGCCAUCCAGCUCCGGGGCAGGAGCUUUCAGAACAACUGGAACAUUUACAAGCUGCUCGCGCGGCACCAGAGGAUCCCCAAGGAGAAGACCAGCUUCUCCCUGGCCGUCCUGAACGUGGGGGCCCCAGCGGCUGGCAUGAACGCGGCCGUGCGCUCGGCGGUGCGUACCGGCAUCUCCCAGGGCCACACGGUGUACGUCGUGCACGAUGGCUUUGAAGGCCUGGCCAAGGGGCAGGUGCAAGAAGUGGGCUGGCAUGAUGUGGCUGGCUGGCUGGGGCGCGGUGGCUCCAUGCUGGGGACCAAGAGGACACUGCCCAAGGGCUACAUGGAGAAAAUUGUGGAAAACAUCCGCAUUCACAACAUCCACGCCCUGCUGGUCAUCGGAGGCUUCGAGGCCUACGAGGGGGUGCUACAGCUGGUGGAGGCCCGCGAGCGCUACGAGGAGCUGUGCAUUGUCAUGUGUGUCAUCCCCGCCACCAUUAGCAACAACGUGCCGGGCACCGACUUCAGCCUGGGCUCCGACACUGCCGUCAACGCCGCCAUGGAGAGUUGUGACCGCAUCAAGCAGUCGGCCUCGGGGACCAAGCGCCGUGUGUUCAUCGUGGAGACCAUGGGGGGCUACUGUGGCUACCUGGCCACCGUGACCGGCAUCGCAGUGGGGGCCGACGCCGCCUACAUCUUCGAGGACCCCUUCAACAUCCAGGACUUAAAGGCCAACGUGGAGCACAUGACCGAGAAGAUGAAGACGGACAUCCAGAGGGGCCUGGUGCUCCGAAACGAGAAGUGCCACGAAUACUACACCACGGAGUUUCUGUACAACCUGUACUCCUCCGAGGGGAAGGGCAUUUUCGACUGCAGGACUAACGUCCUGGGCCACCUGCAGCAGGGCGGGGCUCCCACCCCCUUCGACCGGAACUACGGCACCAAGCUGGGGGUGAAGGCCAUACUCUGGAUGUCGGAGAAGCUGCGGGCAGUCUACCGCAAGGGGCGGGUGUUCGCCAACGCCCCCGACUCGGCUUGCGUGAUCGGCCUGCAGAAGAAGGCGGUGGCCUUCAGCCCCGUCACCGAGCUCAAGAAGGACACCGACUUUGAGCACCGCAUGCCGCUGGAGCAGUGGUGGCUGAACCUGCGGCUCAUGCUGAAGAUGCUGGCGCACUACCGAAUCAGCAUGGCCGAGUACGUGUCCGGGGAGCUGGAGCACGUCACCCGCCGCACCCUCAGCAUCGAAACAGGCUUCUGA